AUGGCCACCCUCAAGUCUCAUUUCGCUCCGAGCAAGAUCAUAUUCUAUAUUCUUUGGUGGGGGUUUCAUUGGGGUCUAUUUGCCCUCGGCUGGUGGAAGCAAGCACAAGAUCCUCGUUUGGCUGGCCUGAACACCCUCACCUUCUCAGUAUGGAUGUCUCGGGGCGCCGGCCUCGUGCUCUCCGUCGAUGUCAUGCUCAUCCUCCUCCCAAUGUGCAGAAACCUGAUGCGGUUUCUUCGGCCAAAGUUUAGAUGGCUUCCUCUCGACGAGACACAAUGGUUCCACCGGCAGUGUGCGUACGCGCUGCUCGUCUUCACCUGUAUCCAUGUCUUGGCUCAUUACGUGAACUUCUUCAACGUCGAGCGAACUCAGAUACGACCCGUGACUGCGGUUCAGAUCCAUUACGCCCAACCAGGCGGCAUCACAGGGCACAUCAUGCUUCUAUGCAUGCUUCUCAUGUACACCACAGCUCACCACAAGAUCCGGCAGCAGUCUUUCGAGACCUUCUGGUACACCCAUCACCUUUUCAUCCCCUUCCUCCUCGCCUUGUAUACCCACGCAGUGGGGUGCUUCGUCCGCGACACGCCUGGGCCGUUCUCCCCAUUUGCUGGGAAACCGUUCUGGGACCACUGCCUCGGCUACGAGGGUUGGCGUUGGGAACUGGUAUCAGGCGGUCUGUAUCUUGGGGAACGCCUGUGGAGAGAAAUUCGCGCCAGGAGAGAAACCAAGAUAUACAAAGUCAUCCGCCACCCAUACGACGCAAUGGAGAUCCAAUUCCAGAAACCGAGCAUGAAAUACAAAGCCGGCCAGUGGCUAUUCAUCAACAUCCCAGCAGUCUCGAGUCAGCAGUGGCACCCUUUCACCAUCACCUCGUGCCCUUUUGACCCUUAUAUCUCCGUCCAUGUACGUCAAGUCGGCGACUGGACCAAAGCCGUCGGUGAUGCACUUGGGUGUGGUCCCGCCCAGGCCAAGGAGUUUGACGACCUGGACAGUAAUGGGAUCUAUGAAAUUGCACUUCAUCAGGGUCAAGAGAUGCCCGCUAUCCGCGUUGACGGACCAUACGGUGCUCCUGCGGAAGAUGUCUUUGACAACGAAAUUGCCGUCCUUAUUGGCACCGGCAUUGGCGUCACCCCAUGGGCAUCGGUGCUCAAGCACAUCUACAACAUCCGCGCAGGACCCAACCCCCCUCGUCGUCUCAAACGGGUAGAGUUCCUGUGGGUCACUCGAAGUAUUGAAUCUUUCGAGUGGUUUCAAACUCUGUUGUCUUCGCUCGAACAACAGUCCGCCCAAGCCGCAGAGUCGGUGGGCGGACCAGAGUUCCUGCGCAUCCACACCUACCUGACGCAGCGAGUGGACGUCAACAUGGCGGCCAACAUCUACCUCAACACGGUCGGCAAUGCUGUCGACCCACUCACCGAGCUGCGUACCAAGACGCAAUAUGGCCGGCCAGACUUCACAAGACUGUUUGGUGCCAUGCGUGAUGGGCUUAUGGACCAGACAUACCUCGAUGUCGGCAAGGAGGCUAGCAUCACUGCUCAGAUGAAGGCCACGGUUGGCGUGUACUUUUGCGGCCCCAGUGCCGCAGCUCGAGAGAUCAAGUCCGCUUGCAAGGCUACGAGCAAUGAACUGGUGAAAUUCCGGUUCUGGAAGGAACAUUUCUGA